GGAACUUUGGGAAAAACUAGGCCCAACUGGCAUUACCCCACAUUCAACUCCACACCACUAUAAAGAGCAGGCAUUAUCAGCUCUUUCUCAUAUCAUAUCAUUGCUAUUACUACUACUCAUUCUUAGGCUAUUCUUCAUUCUCCAAAACUAAACCAAGUUCUUAACAUUCUUAUUACAAUAUGGCAUCAGGCUCAAUGUCCUCCCGCGGAACAGGAUGCACUUGGACUCCGAAGCAAAACAAAGCCUUCGAAAGAGCCUUGGCUAUUUACGACAGAGAUACUCCUGAUCGUUGGCACAAUAUAGCCAGGGCGGUUGGUGGUAAAACUGCUGAAGAAGUUAAGAGGCAUUAUGAGGACCUUCUGGAGGACAUCAAAAACAUCGAAUCUGGCCAAGUGCCCUUUCCUAAUUACAGAAAUAUUGGUAAUUGAACCAAGGAGACUAGAGUUUUGCAGAGCAAAGGAUUGAAGAAUCUAUAGUGCUCUGUUGAAGAUCUAUCUCAUCUCAUUGAAUAAAACAAUUGAUUAAUGACCUGCUGUUCAUUAACACCUAGUUAAUUAAAGCAACUGGAUUUAAUUUUCCUAAGUACCAAGUGUUCUAUUAGAGUAGUAUUGCAGCAAUGUAACAAAUUCCUAAUUUGCGAUCUUCGUUCCUAGUUAUGUAUGAGAGAUUGUUAAUUAAAGCCAAAUGUUAUUUAUGUUGUGAUUA